CAAUAUCAGAAACAAGAGAGAGAAGCUGCAAUGUUGGCCAGGAAGCAGAAGACUUACACUAUUUUGAAGGAUGAUGACAAUAGUGACGAUGCCUAUGUAGAUAAAUAUUCAAUAACUACUUCUUCUUCAUCUAGAAAGGUUGACAACCAUGAAAAACGAUUCAGGAAGAAAAGUGAAGUUCAAGAUGAUGAUGAGGAAGUUUCGAGAAAGGAAAGGGAUAGACAAGUUAAGAGAAGAACAUCCCCUUAUGAAGAGAAUGAUUCAGAG